UUCUGUAUACAUGUGUCUAUCAUAAUGCAAAGAGAUGGCCAGUGGAAGCCAGAUGCAGAUGCGGAUGCUCCUGCCGUUCAACGUCAGGAAGGCACAGCUGGGACUGCCCGCGAUAAUACUACCCACCACAAAUCCACGGCUCUCAACACCGUCAUAUCACUUCCAAUAGAUCAAUUAUUACUGAUUUUUUAUGAAAUGAGAGACUCGAAACUGUGA